CACUUAAUAAAUGUUAAUAAGGAGAUUAUACAUGUUUUAAGUACAUCAUUUAUAUGUUUCCCACUUACCUGUGUAUUCACAUAAAUGAUAUAGAUAAUUUCUUUAAAACACAUUUAGUGUUGAUUUGUAAUUUGUAAUUUAUUUGUGGCUUGAUUUAAGUUUUAACAGUUUUGCAGUUGUGCUCUGAAACAAUGACAGUUUCUAAUCGUAUAAUAUCUGGUUUAAGCUUCUUUUAGUUGUGUAUUCAAUGUAAAAUCAGUAUGUCAAAUGUUUUUUUUUUUUUUUUGUAAAUAUAAAACUUGGAUAAAUGUUGUUUGUCAGAUUCAAAGUCAAGAAAGGUUUGUACAAGUUCAUUCAUGUUGAAAGUUCUCUCAGGUUAUGCAGGUUUUUUCAUCAGCAGAGAUCCUCCAGCAGAUGUUGGUUUGUGUUUCAGAUGGGCCUUCUGCUCGACGAGGUGAAAUGAAGACCAAGUCUGUAGUGGAGGGAGAAUAUGUCACGUUAGAUCCUGGUGAAAUAAACCACCCAAAUGUUGUGAUGACUUGGUAUUUUAAUGAGACUCUCAUCGCUGAAAUCACUGGAGAUCAGAGUGAGAUCUGUUCAGAUGUUCAGUGUAAAGAGAGAUUCAGAGACAGACUGAAGCUGGAUCAUCAGACUGGAUCUCUGAUCAUCACAGACACCAGAACCACAGACUCUGGAGAAUAUAAACUGGAGAUCAGUAGCAGUAGUAGCGGUGUUGUUGUCACCAGUUUAAAGAGCUUCAGCGUUUCUAUCACCGUUGCAGGUCUGUCUGCAGGUGGAAAAGCAGGAAUGUGUGUUUUUGCUGUCCUGCUGAUUAUAACUGCAUCUGUUUGUGGGUUUUAUUUCUACAAGCGUCGAGUAAAUAAAAAAGACAUCGGGACACAGCACAAUGAUCAGUCGAAGGAUGUUCAUGGUGGUCAGAGUGGGACUCCUCUGAUCAAUGUUACUCAUGAGAGGUCCUCUAAUCACACUAAUGCUCCAGAGGAGAACACUGCCAGUGACUAGUCAUCUAAUCACACUGAUGCUGUAGUGAAGAACACCACCAAUGACUCGUCCUCUUAACACACUGAGAUUGAGCCUGUGGCUGCCAGUGAGACUUAACAUUACUAAUUAUAACUGGGACCCCCAGUUGCUCCUAUAUCCAGCUGCCCACUGCUCCGGGUGUGUGUUCACGGUGUGUUCACUACUCACUGCUGUGUGAGUGCACUUGGAUAGGUUAAAUAAGCACCAAUUCUGAGUAUGGGUUACUCAGGCCAUGUUUACACUUGGUAUUAAGGCUGCAUUUAAACUGUAAAAGCCAAAUUUGGAUCUUUUGACUGUAUCCACAUUUUUUUGAAGGCCCCGCUUAGUUAUGUAAACCUUCUUUCUAUUAAAGCAGCUCUAUGUAACUUUUUCUUUAUUCAAAAUUUGCACAAUGUAUAUAAUGAUAAAAGUUUUUGUCUUAUUCCGAAUCAUUACGGUACACUUAUAAUAAGUGCUUAUGUUUGGACUAUUGUAGCCUGGUCGGGUCGUCACCUCUGUGGAGUAACACAUGCCUGAGUGAAUCACCAUUAGACAUAAACUUAAAGAAGUGGCUCCAGUUAUAAUGUUUUUCCAUGGGAUGCGUGCACUUCUGUUUAUUAACCGCUAGAGUGCCAAAAGUUACAUAGUGCUGCUUUAAAAGUUACCUGUAUCUGAUAUCUGCAUUUCCACUACAAGGCCUUUACUUGAAAAAUGCUUAAAGUUUACACAGUUGUCAAGGAUGUGCAGAGCGAAUGUGGACAUCAUUUCAAAAGUCUAUGUGUUGGUCCAUUUACACGUAAACACAAGCCUGGAGUUUUCAAACUAAAAAUGGGGUCUGCAGCAUUUUCCAAAGCCUCUGUCUAUUCAGAGGAUCGAAAAACGCCAGAGUAGUGUAAACGACAGGCAUAACCUUAGCUAAAGUUAUGUAAAACAAAAAUGCAGUAGUGCAAACAGGGCCUUAGAAUGCUGACAGUUUCUAUAGCAACUGGGACAGCCAGCAGCUGGAGUGAUGCAAUGACUCUACAGAUGAGCGAUUGGCUUUUUUAUUCAGAAGACACUGUUUUUGUCGAUAGAGUGGCCAUAUUGGGCAUUGCAUUUUUCCCUGUUCAAAACUAUAUGAGUGACACAUCUUGUGUAUUCUAUAGUCGUUGGUAAUAUCCGAUCUGUGGGCUUACAUGGCAGGUGCAUGCACAGAUCUGAUUCAUAUCAGAUUCAUCUUCACAUAUGAAUGUGGCCUGAAACCAAUCUGAGGGUAUCCGAAUCCAUGUCCAUCAUGGGUCACAUCCUAUCUGUACCAAAUGAGAGGAAAAAAAAUCUGAAUUGGGUGAUUUGAAUCAUGCAGUGUAAAUCUAUCCUUAUAAAAUGUACUUUGGUCGAUCGGAUCACAAGUUAGAUGAGGGAAACAUUCCUGUUCAAACUUGUCUCUUCUGUCCACUUUCGACCACUUCAGUCCUGAUUUCUUUUGAGAGGACGGUCUGUGGGCCUUUUCUGAACCUUUCAGUCCUGUUGAAGUGUUCUGUUAAUGGCCCGUCACAAUCUAAUCUAGAACUCGGUACUCGUGCAUUGGUUACUCCCAUGAUGGCACGUCUAUUUGACAUCUGUUUUUACAUCUGCAAGACUUGAACAAAUUAAUCUGUCACAUUGUGUCAAAAUACCCGUCUUGGCGAGUAUCCUCAUAAACAUUCUGUUAAGUCUUAAAAGAACAUAAACAGCAAGAAAUCACCUGUAUCAUUAUUAUAGAUCCACUCAGUCUUAGUGACAGCUGUGACAUUAAUGUGAUUUAAACAACAAAAGACCGAGUGAAAGUCAUUCUUAGACCUGACUGAAGAACUUCAAGCACUGGUUUUAUUUUCUAUAUUUGUUCUAUUGUAUUUAUUUGUGCCAUUGGUUGUGAUUUGUUUAUUUGUUUUUAUUUUAUUACUUGACCUCACUUGAGAUGUUACAAAAAGGUUAUUUAGUUAACAUUAGUUAACAAACUAAGAAUGAACAAUACUUCUAAAGCGUUUAUUUAUCUUAGUUAAAAAUGUGAUGUGGACUGAAAUACUGUCAAACUAACAAAAAGUGUACCAGACUGACAUGCAUACAUAUGCAGCGCAUUGGCCCUCCAGGGCAAGAUAUGAAUAACCCUGGUUUAUAUUAUUGUAUUGAAGUUGCAGCAUUGUCAAAAAACGACACUGAAAGACCUAUAAAUGCUUUGACAUACCAGUUAUUAUAUCACAUUUGAGGACAUGCAUUUAUAGCUGCCAGCAUUGGCUGUUUACGAUUAAAUGUCGCCCAGAUGUGCGCACAGCUGCAACAGAAGAGAUGCAGAAAAACUGAUGCUGCAAGUGUUGUUAAUUUAUAUUGUUGAUGUUAUUACAAAAGACUGAUAUUAUGUUGUUAUAGUUUUUUUGUUCUUUACUUAUCCAGCAUCUAACCAAGCAAGCUGCCAUUAAGAAGAACCGUAUUUAUACAAUAACACCAACCAGAGUUAACCAGCUUGAGAAAUAAUUUACUUCAUUACAUUCUGUAUGCAUGAACGAUGAGGGUUGUGUCUGAAUACUGAAAUAACAUGUGAAACACCUAAUGCCUUUCUUCUCAGGAAAAGUGCAACAGCACAUGAUAAAACAACAACAAAUAGUCGUUUUAUAGUCUUCAUGCAUUUUAUAUAUAUGUUUUUUGUAUUUUUUGCAUUGUAAUUGUACUUUUGUACUUUUAAGUUUUUGGAUGUUUUUAUACGUUUUAUACAAUUGUAUUUUUCUGUAAUAAAUGAAAUUAAA